AUGGAGGGCAUGCGGUUCGAGCAGCUGCGGUGGGACGGCGACGACGUGUCGCCCGAGGACCACGUGCAGCGCGCCGCGGGGAUCGUGGCGCGCGCGAAGCGAGUCGUCGCGUUCACCGGCGCGGGGAUCUCCGUUGAGUCAGGCAUUCCGGACUUCCGCAGUGCGCAUGGGCUGUGGGCGCGCUUCGACCCCGCCACCUACUGCAGCUACCCGGUCUUCCAAACCAAGCCGGAGAUGUUUUGGGAGAUGGUGCAGGCACUGCUGGCGGACUUGGCCCCGGCGCGCCCCAACCCAGCGCACGUGGCGCUGAGGGAGCUGCAGCAGCUGGGGCUGCUCUUGUGCGUUGUCACUCAGAACGUUGAUGGGCUGCACCAGGAGGCGGGCAGUGAGGGCGUGGUGGAGGUGCAUGGCAACACGCGCACGUGCACGUGCAUGGCAUGCGCCCACAGCGUACCCAAGGAGGUCGCACUGACGCAGCUCGAUAAGGGAGUGGCAGUGCCGGUGUGUCCAGUGUGCUCCGGUGUGCUGAAGCUAGACGUGAUUCUCUUUGGAGAGCCCAUGCCUGCAGCGGCCAUGUCUGAAGCUGUUGCUGCUGCUGCGUCCGCUGAUGUGCUGCUAGUCAUUGGCACUUCUCUCAUGGUGGCGCCAGCCAACAGCCUCACGCACAUGUGUCGAAUGCGUGGAGGCAAGGUGAUAGCCGUUAACCUUGACCCAGAUGCGUUUGUGUCUGCAGAUGUGGGGCUGGAGGGCAAGGCAGGGGAGGUGCUGCCGCAGCUGGUGGCAGCAGUCAGGCAAAGACUGGGGAAGGUGCAAGGGGUUACUGCUGCUGCUGGGGGUGAUGGGGUGAAUGGGCCGGGGGAGAGUGAGGGAGGGGCGAAGGGAAUCUUGAAUCGAUUAGGAUUUAGCUAG